GCUUGGGCAGAGCCUGCCCUUCGGGAAUUCAUCUCCCCCAAUACCCAUUAACCAAAAACCCACCAUAAAGGUGCAAUCUUGGGUUCAAUUACACGCUAGAAUCCAUGACUUCAGUACAAUGACCCGAUUCUCCAAGUCUCGGAGCUCCAAACCCGAACAAGAGGCCAGAGGCGGAGGAGCUGCCAUGAGAGUGAUAGUUCCUUUACAAGGGGUGGUUCAAGGUAGGGGAGGCCUGGUGUUGGGCUCCAUAAUACCUUGCGUUCUCUUCUACUUUCUCCAACUCUACCUUAAACGCAACCGGAAUGACGCAGAUAGUGAGAACGAGCAGAAUCCCGGGGGUCCCAAUACGACUACGCGGUCCUCUUCUUCGGGGCAGCUGCCAGAGCUUGACGCGAUUCCCCGGAGUCUGUCUCGGGCGCUGUUAUCGCCAAAAAGUCCUAGUGGACCCGUUUCAGUAUCGGCUCGGGCAAAUGGGAUUGUGAAGGGUGGUGCUGAGUCUCCUUACAACGUGGGGUUGAAGCGAGUCAAGGAGGAUCCUUACGAUGAAUUGGCUAAUCCAAAUGGGGUUAUCCAGCUGGGUUUGGCAGAGAACAAGUUGUCAUUGGAUUUAGUUAACGAGUGGCUGGUGGAGAAUGCAAGAGAAGCGUUAUUGGCAGGUGGAGGAGAGUUGGGUAUUAGUGGGAUUGCUACGUACCAGCCUUUUGAUAGAUUGAUGGAGUUCAAAGUGGCUGUGGCAGAAUUUAUGUCUCAAGUCAUGGAAAAAGUAGUUUCCUUCAAUCCUAACCAGAUAGUAUUAACAGCUGGUGCAACCCCUGCAAUUGAGAUUCUAAGCUUCUGCUUAGCAGAUUCUGGAAAUGCAUUUCUUGUUCCCACACCAUAUUACCCUGGUUUUGACAGGGAUGUAAAAUGGCGGACUGGAGUAGAGAUAAUACCUGUUCCUUGUCGGAGUGCUGACAACUUCAAUAUAAGUAUAACUGCUCUCGAUCGAGCAUUCAUCCAGGCUAAGAAACGUGGUCUCAAAGUGCGUGGGAUAAUAGUUUCAAACCCCUCAAACCCUGUUGGCAAUCUGCUAAGUCAAGAAACACUUUAUAGCCUUCUAGAUUUUGCCAGGGAGAAGAACAUUCAUAUAGUAUCUAAUGAAAUAUUGGCAGGCUCUACUCAUGGAAGUGAAGAGUUUGUAAGCAUGGCAGAAAUCAUCAAUCAGGAAGAUCUUGACCGGAACAGAGUUCAUAUAGUAUAUGGCUUGUCGAAAGAUCUCUCUCUUCCCGGUUUUAGGGUUGGUGUUAUCUAUUCCUUCAACAACGAAGUUCUGGCUGCUGCUAAAAAAUUGGCAAGGUUCUCAUCCAUUUCAGCUCCAACCCAGCGUUUGUUAAUCUCAAUGCUUUCGGAUACGAAAUUUGUUCAGAAGUUUAUUAAAGUUAAUAGGGAGAGGCUCCAGAAAAUGUAUGUCAAGUUUGUAGCAGGGUUGAAAAGGUUGGGAAUUGAGUGUACAAAGAGCAAUGGGGGUUUCUACUGUUGGGCUGAUAUGAGCGGAUUGAUCAGCUCCUACAGUGAGAAAGGGGAGCUUGAGCUUUGGGACAAGUUGUUGAAUAUAGCCAAGAUCAAUGUAACUCCAGGAUCUUCUUGUCAUUGUAUCGAACCUGGAUGGUUCCGCUUCUGUUUUAGUACAUUGACAGAGAAAGAUAUCCCUGUAGUUAUGGAGCGAAUUCAGAAAGUUUCUGAAAUCUGUAAAUCUCGAAGUUGAAAUGCUGUUGGUUUAUUUUACAAUGUUAGACCCUUGCAGAUUUUUUGAUUGGAAAUUCUCCUCUCUCAGUUGCUGGUGUAAAAAGUAGAAGUAGCACUUGACUUGGGUUCUGAGGACUGGUAUCAGCAAUAUAUUAACAACCCUCGGACUCAUAUAAUAGCUUCUGAAUAUCUAAUACUUCCGUGCAAGUGGAAUUUGUUUAUAUCAAAAGCUCUUGUAUAUGGUUAUAUGUAUAGGGAUUUGUACACAAACUGAAGCUUUGGUAUAUUAUUGUUUCAAUCAUUCAUGUAUAGUAAAUUAGUAAUAAGCUUCAUUAAUAAAUAAUGGUAUGGAAG